UUUGGCGAGACGAGGCAAAGAAAUGUGAAAGUGCACCAACAAUGCUUACGUCAGAAGAAAAACGAAAGCAAAUUGUAAAGAGCAGGAAAAACCUUAUUAAAGAGCUUAUGUAUCUUGAAAGCCUUGGAUGUGAGACAGCAGUUGUGAUGUAUGACUCUGAAACUGGGACUGUCAAUCAAUAUGGGUCAGCAAAAGGUGCACAGUUUCUGAUGGCAAAUGAAACAAUUCCUUUAAAGUUUAUGAACUUUUUUGAUGCAGCAAACAGUAGCACAAAAAAGUACACCAACAGUGAUGUCAGAGACUUGUUUAAUAAGAAGUACAGUGAAGCCUGUGGGAAACCUGGAUCCCGUGUGCCAUAUCUAAAUGGACGUUUCAGUGUAACUGGCCUUCCGGAUGGUGUGGAAUUCUCUAAGCCGAACAAUUAUGGGGAAGACAAAAUAAAAAAAAUAAUGAGAUGUCAAGAGAGCAUAGCUUUCCAUAUCGAGGAAAAAGCACAGAAUCAGGUGGUGACAUGGCUAUAAGGAUGGAAUUGGAGUACUAGAUAAAGAACUACCGGGUGGCGCAAAAAAAAGUUAACCUGUUUGAUUAAGUAUAACUUCAAAAUUAAAAUAGCUAUUACAUUAAAAUUAUGUUUGUUAUAUUCUCUAAUGUCUAAAUUAAAUUUUGAUAUAUAGCAUGACGUUUUACAUGCAGUUUUGACCGAGGUAUCGCGGUUUCAAUUUAAAUAUACAUUUUCGAAAAGUGGAAUUUCUUAAAUUUCUUCGAAAAGAAUUUUAAAUAGAAGUAUUUGACAGAUGGAUCAUCAAUCGUGCCGCAUGGUCAGCAACCGAACAAUUUUGGAACAGCUUCGUGCAGCAAUUGUUACUGAAUGCCGCAACAUCAACCAUGAAAUAAUCCAACGGUCAUUUGACACCAUGCAUGGUAACGCGAGCAAGACGUUGCAUCAAUGCUGGAGGGCAUGCUUUUCAAAAUGAAUAGAUGUGGAAUUGUACGGUAGAAAAUGAACGCAUAGUACUUAGUUGUUGUGUCCUUAAUUAAAAACGAACUUUAUUAUCUGUUCUUAUUUAGCUAAUAUGCCAUUUUUUACUCAUUUUUGCACUUUUCAAAAGCACGUAUUAAAAGUUAAACGCCGAUAUCUCUGGGAAUACUGUAUCAAAAUACACAUGGUAUAUAACAAGUUUUAAUUUAGACAUUUACGAAUCUAAAGAAAGUUAUUUCAGAGUAACAGGCCUCUUAGUUUUGAAGUC